AAUGUUUUUGCCUUGCUCUGUUCUAAAAAGGCAUUUUUAUUAAAUACAUGAAUAAAGUUUCUUUGAAGAAAAAAAAAUAUUGUGGUUCAUACAAAGAAACUACAUGAAGCUUAGUGUUAUUUUUUUUUGCAUUUUUUUCCUCAAAUUUCAGAGAUUUUUUUGCUGUUCAUCAUAAUAUCCUAAGACUUCCACACUUGUUUUUUAAUUCUAUCUUUUUUUAAUUUUAUUUCAUGUUGGGUUGAAGAUAUUGUCAAGUUUUUUUUUAAAUAUAUUAUAAUAAAGGUUUACAUGCACGUAUACUACAAAUUGUAAAUUGUUUUGUGUCUUGAAAUAUGCCAGUUUAAAAAAAAAGAAAAGAAAAAGAAACCGGGAAAAAUAUUUGAAGACUUGGUUUAAGAGGAAAAUAAUCAGACCACAACAAUACGGAAGCCGAGAACGGCCUAGUUUUCUCGUAAUAAGGUGAUACUAGGCGUCGUUAUUACGAUAAAACGGGGGAAAUCCUCAAGGCCACAUUUUGGCAAACACAAUUGAGAAUACAUAUAUGUAUAUAUUUUACGUUUGGACGAUAAAACUGACCUCAGAUCUGUUAAAUGUGUUUUACGUAUAUGUGCGUCUGCGCAUGUGCAGUAGGACAGUAGUUCUGUCAUGGCUCCUUUCAGGAAGGUUUUGGCUAAUGUUGCUGCCCUUUUACGGGAAUUUGUCUCUCUUUCUACAACAAAGUCGUGUUUUUCUUCCUGUUUGGACAAUAUUAUAGCCUCUCAACCCUAAGUAAACACGUUUUUGUUUUUCUUUUUUGCUGUGACGGUUUGUUUGUAGCGUCGAAGUUAGCAAUGCUAGCAUUAGCAUGAAGCAAGCUUCUUGUUUGAAAAGGAGCUGCUCCAAACAAAAUGAUUAUCAAAUGUUUUGGUGGUGGUAACUGGACGCUACGGAAAGCUCCCUUGCCUUUGUGGUCGGUCCUAUUUUUACACGUGGAAUAAUGUGAGGCAGCAGUUGCUGAAUUCAGGAUGAACGACAUGAAUCUGAGUCCUGUGGGCAUGGACCAGCUGAGUGUGCCCUCAGUGAGCGCAGGACACCUGGGUCUGCCUACCUCACCCACUCACAAUGCUAUUCCUACGCCAGGCAUGCCGGUGGCCAUCCCAAGUUUGGGGCCUUCCCUCGCCUCCCUCCCCUCCGCUCUUUCGCUGAUGCUCCCUAUGGGUCCUCUGAGCGACAGGGGGGUGAUGUGCGGCCUCCCGGAGAGGAAUUACUCCCUGCCGCCGCCUCCAUACCCACACCUGGAGAGCAGUUACUUUCGCCACAUACUUCCAGGCAUUCUGUCCUACCUCGCCGAUCGCCCGCCUCCUCAAUACAUUCACCCUAGCAGCUUGAACAUGGACGGGACUCUGUCGGUGUCCAGCAACAAUCCCUCCGGGUUGGAUCCCUACAGUGGUCCCGGAGGUCCUCUGGAGCAGGGCUUGGUGCCCAUGGACUCAAGGCAGGUACCCGGACAGGCAGACCUCCACCAAACCGGCCCCCACGAGCUGGACUCUACGGGGUUAUCAAUGGAAUCGCGAGUCAGCAGCCCCAUAUCUCCCGAUCGGAUGGGAGAGGAGCUGGCGUCCAUGGAUGGUGUCGGUGUGGUGGCGGUGUCUGACAGCCAGCAGCAGCUGGGAGGGGGACGGCAGCCCCAGCCUCACGAGGGCCUGACGGGGCUGGACUCGUCCGUCGGCGUGAUGCCCCUCCACGGAUCCGCCGUGCUGGAGCUCCCCGUGGUGAUGGAGCCAGACCACAUGGGCGGGAGGGUCGGCGGCUCUGCUGGCGGAGGACCAGGAGGACUCGGGGAGCAGCUCCACGCUAAUGGGGAAUUGAACUCGGGCGUUGUCAGCGUGGUGCUCACCAGCUCCAUGACCAGCCAGAGCCAGCUGGAGCCGGUGUCUCUCCACGGACACUCGGGGAUGGGUCUGGAGGCAGUGAACGUGUCCCCCAUAACCGCAGAGGUCUCUCUGGGGCCAGAAACCAACCUGGUGCUGGUCAACUCCACCCUGCAGCUUGAAGACUCCACCCCCAACAAGGAGAACAUGGCCCCCACAUACAACGUCUGGUGCACGCUGUGCGAGCGCUCCUACACGUCGGACUGUCCCGAACACGGUCCCGUCACCUUCAUCCCCGACACGCCCAUCCAGAGCAGAGCCCGCCUCUCCCUGCCCCGCUCGCUGUGCCUGCGCAUCUCGGUGGCCGACGAACCCCUCGGAGUUUUCGCUCGCGACAUUAUUCACCCAAGGACUUGCUUUGGACCGCUGGUGGGCCAGCACUGCACUAAUGCAGAUCUCUCUGAUUGGCCGGAGAAAGACACGCCUCAAAUAUGGAAGAUGUAUCACAACAAUGUGUUGGAGUUCUGCAUUGUGACCACAGAUGAGAAUGAAUGCAACUGGAUGAUAUUUGUCCGCAAAGCCCGAACUCACGAAGAGCAGAAUCUGGUGGCGUAUCCUGCCAACGGCAAACUCUUCUUCUGCACAACCACAGAGAUCCAUCCAGAGCAGGAGCUGCUUUUCUACUACAGCCGGGACUACUGCCGGCUGAUGGGUGUUCCUCAGGCGCCUGAGGGUCAGAUAUGUCAGUGUGGUAAAGAGUGCUCGUCCUUUUCUGAGCUCAAAGCCCACCUUAGUAGCCAUACUAGUAACAGCAGCCAUAAUCAGCCUCCGCACAGCCACAGCCCGACGCAGCACGAUCACUCUCAGCAGCAGCAGCUUCCACCGUCCCAGCAGCAGCAGCAGGAGCACCAGCAGCCGCAGCACCUUCACCAGGAAGAGAAGCUUCCCAACGGAAGCUCCAGCUCCUCCUCCUCCUCCCCCUGGCCCUGUAACAGUCACGCUACGGGACCACCGAACAGCAGCAGCGCCAAUAGUCGAAACUCUAACAACACUGCCGGGGCGAAAGGCCCGGGACACGUGCGGGAGAAGAAGUUCAAGUGCAGCAUGUGUUCCCGCGCCUUCACUACCUCCACCAAACUCAAUAUGCACUUCAUGGGACAUGUGGGGAUGAAGCCUCACAAGUGUGAAUACUGCAGCAAGGCCUUCAGCGACCCCAGCAACCUCAGGACGCACCUCAAAAUCCACACAGGUCAGAAAAACUACAGGUGUACAGUUUGUGAGAAGCUGUUCACUCAGAAAUCUCACGUGGCUUCACACAUGGUCAUCCACACCGGUGCAGAAAAGCUCAAGUGUGACCUCUGCGACCGCGCCUUCAUCAGGAAACAAGACUUGAAGCAGCACAUGUUCUCCCACACUCAUGAACGGCAGAUCCAGUGCCCCAAGUGCAACAAAAACUUCCUCAAAACCAACCACUUGAAGAAGCACAUGAACUCCCACGAGGGCCGCAGAGACUUCGUCUGUGAGAAGUGCAACAAAGCGUUCCUCACCAAAUACCACCUCACACGCCACCUCAAGAUCUGCAAAGGCCCCAAAGCUGAAAAAAUGGCCCGGAAGGAGAAGGAGCUGCUGGAAGAAGAGCAGGAGAAGGACUGCAGGAGAAAUGCAGCAGAGAGACUGAUGGACACGGCGAGCGAUGAAGAUUGUGGUUUAGAUGUUGGAGGAUACAACUCUGAAAAGUCUCUGUCGCCACCUCAUUGAAGAACGCCUGAUGGGAUGUUAUAUUUAUUACACUCUGUA